AUGAUCGUCGGCUGUAUCAUUGGAUACGUGUUGCUUAUAAAUCGCGACGAUGAUACGAAUCAAUCAUCGUGGAGUAAAGAACUCCAAGUUAAACUGUCGAUUCUAGGCGAGUGGUUACACGCACCCGAGGGGACUCCACCGCCCCCUUUGAACGCCGAAUCUGCACAGAAUCCGGAGAAACGACUUUUGAUUCUCAUAUGGAAAUGGGGCCCGCUACUUAACCGACGUCACGUCCGUCAUCCCGACAAAAAAGAACAGGCAAAUGGGCCGGGGAUUCGCCGCCCGCCAUUUCCCUCGGAAGGAUGUUCAGUGAAAACCUGCGACUUGACCUACCGCGAUGAAGAUCUCGCGACCGCUGACGCGGUUGUCUUCCAUUUGCACAGGACCAAAGGGGCGCAUGAGCUGCCAUCAGCGAAAGGGAAGCCCGGUCAGAUCUGGAUAUUCUUGACGGACGAAUCGCCGCUCCAUACGUUCGUCUGGCCCGACGGUAACCGAGAGCUCUCUCAGUACGACGGCAAAUUCGAUUGGUCGAUGAGCUACAGAGACAAUAGCGAUAUUCCGGUGCCUUAUGGAAGGACGAUCGAGAGGAAAAAUUCUGACGACAACGAGAGACUGCGAGUCCUCGAGAAGCGAAGAAAAAAGUUGGCUGCUGUCGUGAUCAGCGAUUGUGGGAGCAACGAACACCGGUCGGAUUACGUGAAGGAGCUCAAAAGUUUGCUCGGAAAAAAUCUCGAUAUUAUUCGUUCAUGCUUCGGAGGAAACAAUACCGCGUGCCCUGGCUACUGCUGGAAAGAUUGUCCACUCCUCAGCGCCUACAAAUUUUACUUGGCAUUUGAAAAUUCCGAAUGCCGUGAAUACAUCACGGAAAAAACUUAUUGGAAUGCGUACGGCAAGGGAUCAGUGCCCGUCAUAUUGGGCGUACCCCGGGCCGACUGCGAACGCCUCCUUCCCCCACGCUCCUUCAUUUACACCGCUGAUUUUCAAUCUCCGAGUAAACUCGCCGAUUACCUUCGCUAUCUCGACAACAAUGACGAUGCCUACGACGAGUAUCAUGCCUGGCGGUCCGAGUAUGUCGUCCUCAACGAACACGGAUACUUCGGCUCACGAUCGGUACACUAUUGUCGCAUCUGCGAGGCUCUGCGCUACAACAUUCGACCGGCGCAACCUCCCGAGUAUCACCGAUUGAGCCAUUUUCUCAAUGCUACCAGAGACUGUUAUUGAUGGGCCCGAUCCGAGUUUCGGGCGUGAAAGGGACCGAAAUUUUCGACAAAAAGUCAUAAGACAAAUGAUAUAAUGAAAGG